CUUGGAGCCCCAGAAGUUGCCAUUACAGCCAUUACCACAGAAUGGACGAUCGGUGGUCAGAUGCAGAAAUCAUUAUAUUGAUUUACUUCACAUCUCGCGGGUUCACUGAUCUUGCUGUCUCACACGUCCUUCACGUUCGUGGUUAUUGGCGCCCACCUUCAGCGGUCUGGCAGAUGCUACAGGUGAUCCUGGAGCAAUACCCUUAUCUUCAGACCAAAACUGGACACUGGGAUAUUCACCAAGUCGAUGAGUGGAUUGAUUCAUUAAGCAUGGAGCAUGAGGCGGUCAACUGGCUCAUCUCGUGUACAAACAUUGAUGCAGCUAUUGCUGAGGAGCAAGGACUACUGGAAACGCUUCUGGGAAACCUUGCCUAUAUCUGUUCAAGGCGCGCACCAAUUACUGCGUCGUCCGAUCAAAAUCCAAUACAAUAA